AUGGCGGAUUACCACACGGUGUAUAAGGAGCCAGAUGGCACAACGACGGAAUGGGAAGACCUUCAGGUGAAAUACGGCAACCUUGCACCGCGUGAGAAGCCCAAGGCAGCGGCAUGGGAGCCUGCGGAGGAGAGAAAGCGCACAGAUGAGCUGGAUACGCGCACAGCUGAUGAGCUGGACGACCUGGAGGAUGACGUGGAUGAUGACCGGUUCAUGGAGGAGUACAGGAGGCAGCGGGUGGCGGAGCUGAGGGCAGCAGCAGCACGGCCGCGGUACGGAGGGGUGGAGAGGAUUACGGGGCCGGACUUCGUGAGGGAGGUGACGGAGGCGAGUCAGAGCGUGUGGGUGGUGGUGCACCUCUUCCGUGACAGUGUGGCAGCCUGCAGCAUCAUCAGCAACUGCCUCUCAGACCUUGCUCGCUCGCACCCGCAGACCAAGUUUGUUCGCAUAGUGAGCACCGAGUGCAUCCCCAACUACCCCGAUGCGCACCUGCCCACGCUGCUCGUGUACCACAAGGGGGCCCUCAAGGCCACCCUGGCUGGCAUGCACCAGUUUGGAGGAAAGAACUGCACCACACAAGAUGUGGCGUUUGCGUUGUGCAAGGUUGGGCCUGUUUUAGCAAGCGAGGACGAGGAUGAGGAAGCAGUGAUGGAGCGGGUACAAAAGGAUUAUGUAAAAAACAUUGUGAAGAGGCAUGUGGAGAAGGGAGAUGAUGAAGAUGAUGAUUAG